AUGUCGGCACCGAAGCUAUCCAGCCGAACUUCGAGUUAUAGGAAGCCCGUCCCAAAAUUCAUUCCCUCGCCCCCGGCUUCUCCCCAUGGUUCGCCGACGAGCUCCACGAGACGGUUUUCUUUUUCACACACUUCUAUCAAUCAGGACGCUCCUCCUCUGCCCCCCGACUGGCGUACCGCAAUUGACCGGGCGGUAUCUAGAGAGGGCAGAGCGACGUCUGGCCUGCCUGCUAUUAUCACAAUCGUGGGCCCAUCGAGCCACGACGCUCAUGGGACCGAUGCUGGACCCUCCACAGAAAGGCUGUCACCCUCAACGCCUGAUUGGGGGACAUCAGGAACUAUGAACUUUACUCCUCCUACACCUACUGAGAGUUACCACGACGAGGAACUCGUGUCUCGUCCCAAUUCGCCCACGCCUUGGGAACACCUAAUGCGAUCCACGGCGCGGCAGCCGUCUUAUCAAGAGGAAUUUCGCCCCCCGACGCCCCCAAUCCCCAACCAACGCAAGAGGCCCAGAUCAGCUGGAUCUGGAUGUGACUCGCCAACGCCUACUAUCAUAUCACAACUAGCACCCCACUCCACACUUCCCUUGGCUUCUCGUGAACAAGACCAUGACGCGGCUCCGCUGAUCUCGAUUGAGAAGUCAGGACCUCCGCCUGUACCUCCCAAGCCAUCGCUGCCGACACCCCCUGCAAGUGUGCUGGCUCACUUCGAUGUCUCCUCUCCUUCUAAUCAUGCUGGGCAUGACAAGUAUUCUCAACCUCCCACGUACUCUCCUGGUCACGAUAGGCGUCCCUCUACUCUCAACUCGACUCUUAAUUUUACUCUUAAUUCUGAGAAAUGGACCGAGGGUACUGCUACUCCCUCUGCUCAAGGCCUGAUCAAUAAAGAGAUUACUCGGGAUGCCUCUGAGUUCCCUGCUGCCCUCCUUGAUCGAGACGCCGCUGGUCGUGCAAAGCGCAGUUGGUGGCAGUCGGUUGCAAGUGGCUUCAAGCGUUUCAUAUCUGGUCUAUGUUGUCUGUAA